AUGUCUCUUUCAAAAUACACGUCCACAACGGAGACAACAAACCUGGCACGUGUCGCCAGACUUCUACUGGGUCCUUGUACAGAUGUUUUACGGGACAUUCUGAAAAAGGAAAUACCCCCCUCUACUUUAUCAAAACAUGCAGCGGGAUGGGGAAAUCAACCUGAACCCGGAGAUAGAAGUGUGUCUGCUAAUGUUGAAAGGAUUCGACGAAUUCGGAACAAAUACUAUGGACUCAUGUAUGAUUUCUCCCUAGCAGAGUCCGAUUUUAGACAAGAAUGGAGGAAUAUUCGUAACAUAAUUGUAGACCUAGAGGGUUACCUUGGAACAACCACGUCUCUUCAGGAUUCUGUUAACGAAAUCAAAACGUGCUCAAUGGAUCCUGAUUUGGAGAAAAAGUACAUAGACAAACUUUUAGUGAUUGACGAAUUACAAAAGACCGUUGAAAACCUUUCAGAUGACAUUAAAAGACUGCAAUGCGUGAUCCCCUCGCAUGUUAAAGCACAACACGAGACAGAAUAUAUCAGGAAAUGGAGAGAAGAAGAUUCUGUUUUUGUGGAAACUCAUGGGUUCCUUGAAAUGCUUCAGAGGGUGAGAGAGCAGCCUUAUGUGACGUUUGUUGGUGUCCCGGGCUCUGGUAAAUCCUCCACAGCUCAACACAUUUCUCUGAUACUGCAGACGGAAGGAUACGAAGUGGUACCUGUGCUAGACUUUAGAGAUCUCACUCAGUAUCGUGAUCCAAAUAAUCCACAGGUGUUUGUUAUUAAUGAUGUAGUAGGAGUAUUGGGUGUUAACAAAUCAAAGUUAGAAUCCUUUUUAGAGUAUAAGGAAAACCUCACGAAGCCGUCCUUUGUGAAAACAAAGGUUCUCUUAACAUGCAGAGAAACUCUUUUUAACCAAUGCAACAAAUCCUAUUUCACUAAAGAACAAAAUACAAUUAAGCUUCAUAGCUCUAAGAAUGAAUUGAAUGAAGAAGACCAAAGAAAUAUUCUUGAGAAAUAUGGGUUAAACAGAGAUUUGUUGUCACCUGCAUUGCUGACAGAAUCUUCUCGAAUGUUUCCUCUUUUGUGCAAAUUAUACUCAAGCGAGGAAAAAUUCAAAACUAACGGUGAACGCUUUUUUAUCAGUCCCAUCCAAUGCAUUGUCGAGGAAUUUGACAAGAUGCAACAACUAAACAGUUUAUUUUAUGCGACAUUGGUGUUGUGCACACUAAAUAACAACAUUUUGUCUGAAGACAUUCUUAAAGAUAAGAAAAAUAACUGUUUUCGGGAAAUGAAGCACAGGGUGUUAGAAAGUUGUGAAGUUACGACUUCAACAGAUACAUUUAAGUUUGUGAAAGCUUUGUCAGCGAUGGAGGGGACAUACACAAAACGUCGUGAUAGAGAAUUCUCAUUUAUUCACGAUUCCAUCUUUGAAAUAACUGCAUAUCAUUUUGGAACGCAGUUUCCAGAGCUGAUCUUAAAAUACAUGAGAAGUAGUUACAUUGCAAACUGUGUCAAACUCCAGAUAUAUGAAACCGAAAAAGAGAAGAAUAUUGAAGCAAAUGACAAAAGCCACAGUCUGGAGUCAACUGAUGCAAGCAGUGAUGAAAAGCCUGAACAUAAGAAAGGUGUAGAUUUAUAUAUAAGGGUUUCUAAAAACCAGUAUCCAAUCCAGUAUCCAAUGUUAGCUCAGCGAUUGUACAGAGAUGUAGAGAAUAUGGAUCUCUACGAUGUGUUUAUGAAUAAUGCUCUAAAGGACAACCAGUUGUGUAAAGCAUUUAUCGAUGUGCUGGAGACAAAAUCAUACUCAGAAUUAAAACAAGUCUUUCUAUCUAAACAAGAGAACACAUCUAAAUUGCCGAUAAGGGAACCAAGUUCUAAUGAAAAGGAAGGAGAUGAAAUGAUGGACAUGAGGUCCGACGGAGACAUAGAUGAUCUGCCUUUGGAUAAUCGAUGGAUAAUUUCUAAACCAUCAACAUGUUAUGUGUCUGUUGCUAAAGAGUUAGUGGUUGGAGGGGCUGAUAUCAACGUACAGGGUUAUACUCAUACUGCACUGACAGCAGCAUGUGCUGGGGGACAUUUGAGUGUUGUAAAAGAACUUUGCAAAAUGGGUGCAAAUGUUAAUUUAGAGGCUGACGAUCAAACACCAUUGACAGAAGCAUGCAAAGGAGGACAUAUCAAUAUUAUAAAAGAGCUGCUUAAUUUUGGGGCUAGUAUAAAUCAAGAUUGUAUAUUUGAUACACCACUGACAUCUGCAUGUAGAAGUGGACAUCUCAAUGUAGUGCAAGUAUUGCUGCAAUCUGGAGCUAUUAUCAACCAAAGGACCAGUUUAAGAACUCCUCUGAUGUCUGCUUGUGAGAGUGGUGAACUGGGUAUAAUGAGAUUUCUGAUCAAGGCUGGAGCUGACAUUGAUUUACAGUGUAACAAUAACACUGCCUUAACAGCUGCGUGUGGCAGUGGACAUAUGUCUGUAGUAAAUGAGCUGCUACAGGCAGGAGCAAAUAUUAAUCCUAAGGGUUUAAAUAAUACACCAUUGAAUGCAGCCUGCUAUGGUGGUCAUCUCCAUGUGGUCAAAGAACUUAUAAAAGCUCGGGCUGAUAUCAAUCCACAAGAUGUCAACAGUACACCUCUUAUAAAUGCAUGUAGAAGUCGUGCGGCAAAUUCGAUAUUGUUUAAAGAACUGCUCAAAGCAAAAGCUGAUGUAAAUCAGCAAGAUAAAGAUGGAAGUACACCAAUAAUAGCGGCUAUUGUAUGGGAAAAAGAUAAAAGUAUCAUACAAUAUUUACUUAAAGCUGGUGCUGUUGUUAAUAAGUACGAUGGAGAGGGGGAUACUCCCCUCGCAGCCGCAUGCUCAUCUGGAGAUUUAAGCCUUUUGAAAGAGCUGCUUGACAUGGGGGCUUACACAAACCUGAGUUUAAUUGAGAAGGGACCAGAGGAGGAACAUAUUACACCACUGACAGCUGCAUGUCUUGGUGGCAAUUUGUUUGUGGUAAGAGAAUUGCUUCAAAAAGGCGCCGAUGUUAAUCCUAUAUUUGUAUGGAAGACGCCAUUAACUAUUGCUUGUAAGUAUAGACAUCUUGAUGUAGUAAAGUUACUGCUCAAGUUCGGAACUAAUGUCAAUUUCAAUCCUUGGGGAACAUGUAAACCGGAUAAAUACAAAACACCAUUGACAGUUGCUUCUAAGAGUGGAGAUUUAGAAAUAGUCAUAGAGCUUUUGAAUGCAAAAGCAGAUGUUAAUCCACAGGGUGUAUAUAAUACACCAUUGGUAGCUGCAUGUGCGAAUGGAUACGUUGAGGUGAUGAAGGAAUUGCUGCUAUACCGGGCUGAUAUCAAUCUUCAGGGUAAAUAUGACACUCCUCUGACAGCUGCAUGUACAGAGGGACAUUUGAAUGUAGUGAAAGAGCUCAUAAAGGCUGGAGCUGAUACAAUCUAA